GUUCGUGACCGUUCGCUAAUAAAAAUGAGAAACGGGUGCAGAAAGCAUCAAAUACACGGAGAAAAUUAUUGAGGAUAUUUUUUAACUUGCCAGGGAUGUCCGAAAACGUUAAAAAAAUUGAAAUCCAGGUCGUAGCUUCCGGUAGAUCAGGAUCGAUUGUGCGCGACUUUCGAUUUUCACGGUAUUUCCCACCGUCGUGGGUCGACCAAUCACGGAAGAGCGCUGCUGUCGCCUCCUCCAAUCAGGUGCGGUCCUGCUGCUCGUGGUACUAUAUAGCGCUGAUCACUAAUCUAUGUAGGGAAGUAUGUGCGACGCAUCCUGUCCAAUCCUGUCGGUGAGCAUGGGCAUUAAAAGCACGUGAAAAUAAGGUUUUGGAGAGACAAAGUUCGUGCGACGUUAACUUGAACGAAUCGGAAGACGUUCUUCCAAGAAAGGAGCCCUACAAGGAGAACGUAUCCAAGCACGCGACGUCCUUGAGGUUAAUCCGUGAGCAAUCCGCGAGAAAUCUUUUGGCUGCAGCUGACUUAACCUCUAAAACCGGUUUUCCGCCGACGAGAGGAACCGGUAAGUGAAGCCAUGAUAACAACGAGACUAUUAUUCCGGCACGUUUUGCGUGUUUCUGUACAAAAGAAACGAAAUUUCAGUUAUAAGUCUGAGUGGACUUUAAGAAAAUGUCAAGAAGUACUCUUUUCAAACGUUAACGACGGUGGUGGUAUUGCGCACAAAGAGAAUUAUUUCAAUGAUGAAAAGUGGAAGGAAAUGCGUGAAAAGCUUUAUAAGGCUGACAAUUUCAUCAAUGACGAUAACAUCGACAGUUUGAUUAUCAGUGUUUGCAAUAAUCAAAAGAAGCCUGACGUAGCACUGUCAUAUGUUAAAUUUCUAAGGAAUAAUAAUCAUAACAUGAAUUUAGCAACAUUGAGAAAUUACCUAAAAAUAUUGAUAGCAGUGAGUGAUACUAUUACUGAAGAAGAUAAACGUGAAAUCGUAAGUACCUACGAUGAAAUUCUAAAGAAAUCUACGGUUUUGGAUGAACGGUCGUUGAGUACGUGCUUACAAGCACUCUGUUUGACCGAAAGGUGGCACGAAGCGGAAAAGCUGUUGAAAGAUCUCCCCUCUGAUACCUACCAUGGACGAGAGUACUCAUCAUUGGCGUGCGCAGCUUUUUUAAAUUCUGAGCCAGAAAUUGGUUGGAAAUAUUUCAAUGAGUGUUUAAAAGUUGGAAAAGUUAAUUCUCGUGUUUAUACCGCAUACUUAACAUAUUGCACGGAAAACCUUAAAGACAAAGAACAACUUGGGAGAGAAUUAUUGAAAACAAUUUCACACUGGGAAAAGUAUGACAUUGUUCCUCCACUUGUUACCGUGAAGCAAUUUAUUAAAUGUUUUGAACAGUUGGACUGGUCUGCAACGUUUACAUCAAUAAAUGCAAGUGGCAAGUGUGAACAUUGUAAAUACAAAUUAAAUUCACCACAUUUGUCAUUGAAGGAGUUCAAAAAUCUAUCGGAACAAAUUAUGAAUAAUAUCAUCUGUGGUGGAAAUGUAUUUCUUCGAUCAAAUGUUGGAGAACCGGAUAAAUUUAAAAAGUUUGUUGCAAGUUCCAAACCUUAUGACAUCGUAAUAGAUGGCCUGAAUGUUGCUGGCAACAUUAAACAACAAUAUAAAACUAAUUUGAAGGCCCAGAUGGUAAUGGAGGCUGUAAGGUUUUUUAAAAAUCAAGGGAAAACCGUCUUAGUACUUGGUCGUAGACACAUGUCACGUUGGUCAAAGCAACACAUGGAUUAUAUAAGAAAGAAUGCAUACUUGUUCUUAGCCGAUGACUUUUCACACGACGAUGCGUAUCUAUUGUAUGCUACGAUCGUUAAUGGUCCGAACACAUACUUCUUAUCCAACGAUCUGAUGCGACAGUACAAGGCUCUACUGAGUGACGACGUAAGGAACCUAUUUAAAAAUUGGCAAUUAUUGCACCAGUACAAGGUGAAUUCAUUGACUCGACCAGGUUAUGUAAAUAUAAUGAAUCCUGGAAAAUACUUGAAGAAAGUCUACCAAAGCGACGACUGCUAUCACAUUCCAUUUAGACUCGACGACAAGUACCUCGUACAGGACGACUACGAGAUCGAAGAAAACGCUUGGUUAUGUGUACGGACAAGAGGAGCGAUGAAAUCACAAUUGCGGGUGGCAGACAAUAAAAUGCCUUAGUUAUGUACAACUAUUUAUUUACGUCGAAUGUUUAAUGUAUUCAAUCGUUAGCUCAUUUAACACAAUCUAUUCACGA